ACCCAACACAAACCAAUGGCGGCGCGCGCCUCCAACCGCGUUGCCAUGGAGACGCGGCGGGGUGGGGGGGACGCCGGAGCAGAGGCGGCGAUGGCGUCGCGGGGCUCAGCGACAGUGGACGACGCCGUGGCCGGCUGCGGCCCUCUGGUCGCGCGUCCCCGGGGCCCCGCGGCUCCCCGGGCCCUGGAGCAGGAGCUCGGGGCGCUGCUGGGGUCCGUGAGGCGGGAGCCGGGCGGCGGGUCCCGAGGCGAGACGGGGCCGAGACGCUCGAAUAUGCUGUUUGCCAUAUGGAAUAAGUACGAACAUAAAAUCUCAACUGAAUUAUUCCGAAACAAGCUUCUCAGCACCGGGGAUAUACUGGUGGAAUUAAAGAACCAUAAGAUGGCGUUGAAUCUGUGUUACGGACGAUACCUCCAGUACAUCUACCCUUCUCUUCAUGACAUCGGCAACUUAAACGAACUGAUGGCUCGCUUCUUCCCACGAGAAUUCGGUGACAGCGACUGUGUACUUACGGCACGUGCAUUGCUGGGUUUCUGCACGUGCCAGUUUGCUUUACUGGUGGCAGGUGGUGGUGGCGGCGAGAUGAAGCGCGGGUGCCUACAGCUGCUGUUCCUGCUGCGCCUCCUCACACAGGCACUGCUGCAGGACGAGAAACUUUGUUGGCUCCUCUACAAUGGCACCGUUCAUAUAUACACCAUUAGCAGACACCUCAUGGAGCAUGGCCAUUCUGCAAAGGUAGAGUCCUUAGAAAUGCUAUACUAUUUCGAUGGAUUUGUACCUCGUUUAUUCAUAACAGUCCUGUCGGAGCACUGAGCUGGCAGCACGACUUAGAUCCUUGAUUCGAAUCUAAGCAGCCGCCCAUAAUUAAAUUGGAAUCCCGAGAAUAUUGAGUUGACGAUUUCAGCCCAGUCACCAAUGGCUUUACAAUACAUCCUUCUAGAGAACUCGAUUUUCAUUUCCGCGUUUCUGAGCUAUGAGUACAAAUCAUUCUGUGACCUCUGGUUUCCUCCCACACACAAACUUAUUACCGUAAUUGGCCAAGUACUCUAAUGUAGAAUGUUUCAGGAAAAAUAUGGACUCUUUUUGAGGCGUUUCUGGAUAAACAAGGGCUAUAAUACUCUUUGGUUCUUUCGGUAACGUCACGUAAGUUUAAAAUAAAAUAAUUCCCGACGUUUUGAUCGCAACACAAGCGGUCGUCCUCAGGCGGAAAAUAAUAAUCCAGCAGUGGAACUAGAUGGAUUAUAUAUAGCAGUUGAACUAGAUGGAUUAUAUAUAACAGUGGAACUAGAUGGAUUAUAUUUUUUCCACCUGAGGACGACCGCUUGUGUUGCGAUCAAAACGUCUGGAAUUAUUUUAUUUUAUACCUACGUGACUUUACCGAAAGAACCAAAGAGUAUGGACUCCUGCAGUCACGAAAGCUUCAAAUCAAGAUUUAAUGGCUAUAAUUUUUGAUUUAUAACAUCAAUUUAACCAGGAAAGCCUCACUUUGUCUCAACACCAUUUAUUCGGAGGUUCCUGCUGAGGUUCACAGUAGACAUUGAUGAUUGCUAUGUGUUUUCCAUGUUGAGUAAUUUGAAGGUAAUUUUACUAAUUUGGACCCUGACGUUGGCACACAUGGCCUACUCUUUUUCAAAGGAUAUGUAACGUCCAUUGUAAGGCAGACAAAUGGUUAAUGCACCCACAGUAUUAACCAGGACUUGAAUCGCAAACCUCUGCAACAAGCGACAUGCGCUGUCACAUUGGCCUCGCAACCGCUCCAUAGAUUGUAAUUGUGGGUUUGUGAUCAGGGCCGGAUUAAGGCGUGGGGGCUUUAGGGGCUGGAGCCCAGGGGCCUCCGCCAGCUGGAGGGCCUCCAGAGAUUAAGUCAAACGUUAUUUCAUUUGUAAAUGCUGAAGUUUAUUUGUUGUUAUCCUUGUAAAAAUGUUUUUCUUUAACUUUGUUUUCCUUUUGAAAAUAUUACCGGGGGCAUCACAGUACCUGCCCCCAGGGGCCUACACAAUCUUAAUCUGGCCCUCUUUGUGAUAUAUUCCAAAUAAAUUCCAGGUUGAUAUUAUAUUGAGGAUGUGCCUGGGUACGAUAAGUAAUAUUAAAGGAGCUGAUAAUAAUAAUUAUUAUUAUUUACUAUGUAACAAAUAAAGAUUGAUUGAUUGAGAAUGGAAUCAUUGGGAGAUGACCACGUGGCCCAGAGAUCAGAGCGUUUUUUUGUUACCGCUGAGACUAAACCGUGUUCUCAAGUGUAGUGAGUCUCAUCCCAGUCACCACUGAUAUCGUACAAAACUAAUUUCGUAAAAAAAAUUGUUCUGGAUUUAAUUUGGUACAUUAAAAAUAUCGAUUUGUCUGUUACGCUUCAAAUAUGAGACUGUCUGCACCCCGGGUUUGGGUGAGAAAGUGCUGCCCCCUACUGUGUGGACCAGAGAAUCCCAGUGGUUGUUUUGUGAUAGCCCCUUGUGUGGGCUAUUCUCAAACACGAAGUGCUGCAAGAGAUUCUAACUGAUGCUUGGUUUCUUUCACGACAUGACACCAAUAGCACAGAUGGUAUAUGUGUGUGGAAAAAAUGUAUAAAAUGUGUCUGUCCGGCGUGCUGU